AUGAGUGGCCCGGUAAAUCUAACCUGCGAGCUUGGGGUCCUAAAAACACACAAGUGGUUUGGACUCCACGCUAUUUCUUCUGUAACGUUGGAACUGGAAGUCUUAGGAUGCGAGGAAGGAAAGUUUGGAGCUCUGUGCGACCAAGACUGUGUCUGUAAGAACGGAGCACGCUGUCAUGGACUAAACGGUGCCUGUAAGUGCGCGCUAGGAUGGCAAGGAGUCGCUUACUGUCCACCGAAUAGAAAGGGAGUCUUCUGUAACGAAACGUGCGCCUGUUUACAAGGAGCUACCUGUGACCGAUGGACAGGCUGCGAGUGCCCGGUGGGGUGGGAGGGGGGCCACUGUGAACUCAAGUGCCCCGAUGGCACAUACGGGAAAGACUGCGCCCACAAAUGUGACUGUGACGACACUGCAACAACCUGUCACCACGCCACAGGGCAGUGUGUCUGCGUGGGAAGGACUGCAGCCGACUGUGAAGAACCUUGCCCUUGGGGGACGUACGGCCCGAGAUGUGAGAAAUCUUGCGAAUGCAGAACCAACGCUUCCUGUGACGUCAUGACCGGGCGAUGCCACUGCGGGCCGGGUUUGGCGGGAAAAUUCUGCGAGAAAGAGAAAUUCGGCGGUAACAAGUUCAACGGCACAAUUCGGACUGACAUCGCAGUAACACUGAGUAUUCUUGCCACCUUCUUUGCCGUAUUCAUCGCCAGACAGAGGUUUUGGCAGAGAUUUUAUCGUGCUGGGAACAAGCAGCAAUUCUUUGAAGGCAACCUUGAAGAGCUAGUGACGACAGACGACUUUGAGCAGCGGCUACUGCGUUGGGAGAAAGAUCCUCGGAUGUUAGAUCUAGCAGAGAUGGUAGGUCAAGGAAAAUUCGGACAUGUGCUACGAGGAACCUUCAGAAAUUCAAACGGAAGCGUGUCGGAAGUAGCGGCUAAAACAGUUCACCAAAAAGACCUGCAGGCUCACCGAGCUUUCUACCAUGAGAUGACCAUCCUCAUCACCAUACAAGAGGGCUUGGGGACGCCAGCUCGCUGCACAAAUAUCAUCCAACUUCGCGGGAUUGUAACUAAGUCAGAUCCGAAGUAUAUCCUCAUAGAGUACGCUGACAGAGGAGACUUAUUAUCUGCUUUGCGACAGGCGCGAAAUCGUGAUGAUCAUCAUGAGCCGAACUUCUGGGGACUUGCCGUGGACGUUGCUCGAGCGCUCGCCUUUCUCCAGGAGCUGAAGCUCGUGCACCGAGACGUCGCAGCUCGCAACGUCCUCAUCUCGGCAAACGGGGAAGGUAAACUUGCCGACUUCGGGCUUUCCCGGGACAUAUACACCGAUAGUAUCUACACACAGGAGGCAGAUAACCCGAUACAGAUCAACCAUCUGCCGCUGAAGUGGAUGGCGCUGGAAUCGUUGAGGGAUGGAGAGUUCACACACAAGACAGACGUGUGGGCUUACGGGGUGCUGCUAUGGGAGAUCGCGACAAUGGGAAACGAACCCGUGUACCCUGGUCCUCUCAGACCUGAUUGCCACCAUCUCAUCCAGCUGUUGGAGAAAGGCUGUCGUUUGCGGAUCCCCCACGGUUGCUCUGUGGACAUGUACCGCCUGAUGUUGAGAUGUUGGAAUGCCGACCAUGACCGGAGACCAGAGCCACAAGAUCUGAUCAAGGCUGUCCAACUGCACGGAAACGUGCAAACAGAGUGGGUGGAGAAAGAAACCACUGUAUAG